AUGAUAAAAUCUUCUAUUCUACCGAGAAUAAGGUCCCCCAUAAUAGCGCCUUUCAAUUUGUGGACUUUUUCGGGCUCGCGAUGGUACUCAGCAAAGAAAGUUCCAGAUCAACCUACAAUUGCAGAUCAAUCUGCUGGAGAAGAGCCUCCUAAAGUAGCAAAACCUACCACGCCCGACCCACUAUUCGUUCAGAAACAAAGACUUGCACAACAAAGAGAGUACAAGAACCUACCAGAGUAUCAAAAAACAAGGAUAGCGAUAAAGAAGAGAUACGGUGAGUGGAAUCCAACAAGAAAGAUCUCAAGAGAGCAGAUGGAAAAUGUUAGAUCGCUCAAAGAACAAAUGCCCCAGAUGAAAAAUAUAGAAUUGGCUGGACACUUUGGGAUAUCUCCAGAGGCAAUUAGGAGGAUUUUGAAGUCUAAAUGGGUACCGACCCAGGAGAGAAUGGACCAAAUGGAGCGAAGAGGCGAAACUAAGAAGGAUGAGAGCAACCAAAAGAAACUAGCCCUUGCAAACGAAAUCACACUCGCAAGGAAAAGAAUGACAUAUGGGAAAAGUAUAGAUCUAGGCAAAGUUGCCAUUGUAAGUCCGACCGACGCCAGGAGCAAUAGAAGGAAUGUGGUCGACUCCAAAGCAACAAGCCAGAGGAAUCUAAGCAGAACCAUCGAGACUUUCACCAAGAACGGAAAGGUACUAUACGAUAGUAAGUUCAACCACUCAUUUCAUAAGAACAGAAAGUUCAAUAACGAAGGAUCCAAGAAGAGAAAUUUCAAAAGACGUCCUUACACUGAAAGUAUAAGCGACAUAAUAGAUUAA